UUUGGUGAAGCAGAGGGCAGGGACACUUGAUAGACAGGUUGCCCUACUCUUUAAGACAGUCGUACAAAGAAUAGCAGCACAGCUGCUUGAUCAUAUUGUCAAACGGACAAUGAUGGAUUCUUACUUCAGAGGCACCAUGUGGAUGUUGCUUGUGCUCUUCACACUGCCACAUCUCAACUGUGUAGAAGUCUGUCCCAACAGCUGCAUGUGUAAUUUUCUGGGUGCUGUCAAGUGUGUUGGCUACACCAUCACAGAUAUACCAAAGCAGCUGCCUGUCAGCACAUACCUGUUGCAACUUAAUGGCACAAACAUGAAUGUAAUCCAUCAGCAGAGCUUGGCAGAAAUGAACCUCCUGUUGCGUUUUAGUCUGACUCACAGCCACCUACAUACUAUCCAUCCCAGGGCUUUCCAAGUUGCUCCACAGCUCAAGUCUGUCAAGCUGUCGUCCAAUGACCUAUCAACUCUUCCUGCUCAAGUUUUCAGUCCACUGAGGACUCUGGAUCAGUUGCAUUUAGAUGGGAACAAGUUGGAGACCAUAGCUCCGGAUAUGUUUGAAGGACUUGUUGGGUUGCUGGAUCUGGACCUGAGCCGGAACAAACUGAAUAAUCCUCCUUCAGAUGUUUUUGAUGGACUGACCAACCUCAACUUUCUGAACCUUGGCAGAAACUUGAUAAGGAAGCUUCAACCUACCAUCUUUCACUCCUUGACCAAACUUGUUUAUCUUUUUAUCUAUAACAAUGAGUUAGAGGUGCUAGAAACUGGGAUCUUUGAUGGACUUGUCAACCUUGAGGAGCUAAAAUUACACCAAAACCAUAUUACCAGCCUUCCACCUCAGGUGUUCUGGUCACUGAGGAACCUAAAGGUCCUCACUCUGUCCUCCAAUCGACUUAAGGCAAUCCCAGAAAAGAGCUUCUACAACAUGCCCAAGAUAAGAAAACUCACUAUUUACAACAACCCACUUUUAUCUCUACCAGAUCAGCUAAUGGGUCACAUGCCUGACAUAAAGGAGUUUUAUCUAUAUGCCACUAACCUCACCACUGUUCCUGGAAAUUUGUUCAGUAACAUGUCUGGACUUCUGACCCUUAACUUUCAUUUAAAUGACUGGCUAUAUGAAUUGCCUUCAGACCUCUUCUGUUGCCUUCCCAAGCUUUACAAGCUAUCAUUGAAAGCCAACAAGCUUGUUUAUCUACAUCCUCAACUGUUUUCCAGACUAACCACACUGGACAUACUGCUUCUUGCUGAUAAUAAACUGCAGAGCCUACCAGAAGAGAUCUUUCGGGGCCUUGGAGAGCUUGUGUUAAUUAAUUUGAGUAAUAACAAACUCAAGACUGUCCCAGGUAACAUUUUCUCGUCAAAUACAGUUUUAAAGUCUGUUUUUUUGAGUGGCAACCCUUGGAACUGUACCUGUACUAUCAGAGGUAUUGCAAAAUGGAUAAGACAUAAUGAGCAUGUAGUUUCUGACAGAGAUGGUGUGCUAUGCCAUAGUCCAGCGAAACAUCUGCACCAUACCAUUGGCUCGCUAUCUGAUGAAGAGUUAAACCAUUGCAAUACUACAUACAAAAGUUAUUAUAUACACAAUGUCUUGCAUGAGCCAACAACCACACCACCCACAACAACAUCAAUCACCACUCAAGAAGCUACCCAACAAACCACCAUCCAAACAAGCACUCCAACUACGAAACCACCUGUUUUACCCGCUACAGGCCUAUCAACAUCUCUCAAAACUUUCACUACCAAACCUCCUAACAGCCCUCCUUUCUAUGACAUGUUGGUGAUUGAACAGGGACCCGAGUUUGUUCACCAUGUUGUUCACAAAGACUGGGUGUAUGUGUGGACUCUGCCCUCAGAUACGGCUUUGGUUGGACUCCUCAUGGUUUGUCACAUCCUCCUUGUGGUCACAGGCUUGUUUCUCAUUUUUGCUGCCAUGUAUGGUAUGUAUUGCCUCAACAAGACUACGGAUGGGCUAAAAGCUGAGUGUGCGCAUAUUCUAGGGUAACAAAAAAUGUUAUCAAGCCUUGUGCCUUUUCCCAGAGGUUGCAGUUUAUAAAAAAAAUAUCUUCAAGUUUCACUGUAGGACAGUCAGGCUUGGAUUAUGGGAUUAAACAUUUUGGGAACAAAAUAGAGCAGAUUUUUUUUAAAGAUAAAAUAUACAGCAUUUGAUAUUAUAUAAUGCAGUUCAGUAUAUAAUCCAGUAUGUAAGCUUCAGAAACUGAGCUAUGUUAAUGCCAACCAUUUUUACAAUUGAGUAUUAAAAAUAACAUGCUUUUUUGUUGUUGUUCAUAAUUGUAAAGAAUUUAUGUAGAGCUUUUUUUUAAUGUCUUGGUUGUCUUGGUUGCUAAAUGUAAUACAUAUAACACACCUGCUUCACACUGCAUGAAAAUAUCACAACUGAAAAAACAUUGUUUACUGUAACUUUUGAGUGAUUACACAAUACUUUCCUAAAUAAAUCAUUAAAAUGUCUUUUUGUUUCUCAGCA